AUGUGGCGCGACCUUUUCUCCGCGGCGAAAGCUAAGUUUGAACAGCAAAAACAUCGCCAACUGGGUGUGCAGAGCGCAGAAAGCGGUGCGCCCUCCUCCCCCGACUUGGCGUCUCCGCUGGAACAGAAAAGCGGACUGACCUGCUCCGCGACGUCAACAGAGGACGCCUGCUUAGCUCCGCCGUCGCUUCCUUUGCCCGCCUCAUGUUCUGGCCCUUCUUCGCGGGUCUCGCCCGCCUCCCCUGCCUCCAUUGUCCCGUCAUCUGCUGUAUGCACGGCUGCGAACGCGUCUUCGGGAGAAGGCUGGCGGGCGACUGGCGGGAUCUAUCAAGGUGCUUCCUUGUCAGUCGGAAGAGAAGGCGCGGUGCCUUCGAAGCCGCGAAAGUUGAAGAACAAUGCUUCCUGUGGAGCUACCGGCGACGAAGGGGAAAGCUCCCAAGAGCCACGACCAAAGAAGGCCCGCACAAACAAGCAUGUGCCGCGCGACGGACCCUCUCCGGCGCAGCAGAGGGGAUCCUCCGAAGCCGGGACGCCCAGAGCCCCCGCGGCCGUGCCACAGAAAGGCGCUGGCGCGAAGAAGAGACAAGGUCGCCCGAAAGCAGCAGCUGGAGCGAGCGCCAAGAGAGACAAAGAUCCCGCAUUGUCCACGGUGACGGCCGGCGCGAACGUUCAGGACACUGCCUCUUUUGCGUCCCCGCCAGAGCCACAGAGUUCACCGGGUGUUGACGCUCCGCCUCUCCCUGCCGCCUCGGUGACGCACGACCCAGCAGCUCUGUCGCCUGCCCCGCUCGCGACGACUGGAGACGCUUCUCGCUCCGCCGCAAAGGCGUCCUUGCCUUCGUUGUCCGCUUCUCACUUGGCCUCUUGCGCGUCGGCCGGGGCGGCCUCGCCCCGUGCAUUCCCGGCCAAGUCUCCCAAGGGGCGCGUGCCUCGAACCGCGUGGACGCCCGGCAACUCGCCACGCACGAGCAACAAAGAAAAUAAAAACAACGGCGCAGCCCCGGGGCGAGAAGCGUGUAAGAGUGUGCUUUCUUCUCCGUCUCGGUCGCUCUUUCGGGACGACACACUGGGGAAGUUCGCAGCGAUUCUCGCGACGUCGCAGCAAGAACGCGAGAAAAAAAGUAGGCUAACGGAAGGCGCGCCGCAAGCUCCGAGCGCACCGCCUGUGGGUCCACCCACCGCCUUCGCGUCUUCUGGGAUCUCCGCGUCCCAUCCCACGGGUCCACCCUACAAAGAACUUGCGCCUGCGAGGAACGGGGCGAUGCCCGCCCGAACCCCCGCAGGUGCGCCGCUUUCAUCAGCAGACGCAGGCGUUGUCUCCUGGCACGCAGAGAAGGCGUCUCUGCCUCCCGCGCCGCAGCCGCAAGACGCGUCUUCUUUCAUCCACGCAACCCCUCGGCUUCAGCCCCGCCCUCGCAACGGCUGUCGACGCGGCUUGGAAGGCGAACCAGAGCGGGGCGGCCCCGGGGGAGUCGCAGAAACAAGUGCAGAGACCGCGCGGCAUGACGCGGCCUGGCGUUCCCCAGGUGUCUCUGUCGUGGGUCAAGAAGAAGACGGCAACUCAGACGCUGGCCUUCGCGCGCUGGCGGGUUUCGGGGAGGCGGAUGCCUCCGAUUGGAGAGAUGUCGAGGGGCGAAAGCGGGCGGAGUGCGGAGCUCGGAACGCGACUGCUUCCGGGGCUGCGAUCCAUUCGGCUGUCUCGUCGGGUCUCGUUGUUCAGGGCCCGGGCCACGUCGCAGAGAGGACGCGUGAAGCUGAAGCGUCUCUAGCGCCUCCAGGAAGCCCCUCCGCGGAUGCUCAGCUCCCCUCUGGCGUCGCUUCGUUUCCCUCCGCACCGCCUUUUUCGGCGCCUUGCGCGGCAGCGGCCUCCAGCAGCCCCAUGGAGGUAGUCGAGAUCGACGACGAGGAGUCGCUCGGCUCCGAGGACGACGACGCAGAUAGUCUAGGCGGGGAGCGCGAGGGCGAAAGCGAGGGCGAGGAGGAAGGGAAGCGCUACGUGCCGUUCAGGUUCAUUCGCGGCCUGUGGAUCGACGUGGAGCAUGAAGGCUUGGCGGGGCCCGACGAAGAAGAAGAGAAUGACGAGGACAGUCCAGGAAGAGAAAGGCCGUCACCUCCCACUGCAGACAGCCGAUCGAAAGCGUUUUGUUUCUCGGCUGCGCCGGUGCUCGUCGACUUCCGAGCGUCGGUGCACGCUGCUUACGGGGGCGAAGCGAGAGUGAGAGACCCGCGAACGUUGGAAGCGGCGAUCUUCCAGGCCGCGCCGCUUUCUGUCCCGCUCUCUCUGAGCUCGCAAACGCUCAACGGCUCCGACGGCGCUGCAGGGCGAGGCGUCCAGACGGUCCUUUCCGGCGCCGUCGCGGGCUCGUGGAGCUGCGGAGACUCCGGCCUCGCUGGGCGAGGCGGCGCAGCUGGCGGCCACGAGCUGGGCGGAAACCUGCAAUACCGCCCGAGCAAGCUGGAGUUGUGCGUCGCGAGCAUUGAGCAGAGACUGGCCAGGCAGCGCCUCAUCGCGAAUCCGCGCGACAUCCUUCGAGGCGGCGGCGGCGCCGGGGGAGUCUACUACGACAAAGACGAUGCGUUUCUCGACGACAGCGAGACAUUCCGCGAGUUUGGCAUGGACCCGCAGGCUGAUUUUGAAGACCAACAGACAGUCUCCGGAGCGCCGUCCGAAAGCGGCAUGGACGAUGAAGACGCCUAUGAAGGCACAGAGGAGUUCGUGUGCGACAACGAUCCAACGAUGGAAGACUCCGAGCCAGAGGACACUGACAGCAACGUCAAGAAAGGCCGCAGGAUGCAGCAGGAGGACGAGAAUUUCAAUCCCCUGGCCUGGAGGCGAUACCGAACCUCACUGAAACAGAACAUGACAGACGACGCGUUCAAUGUCCUGCUCGACAUGGAAGAAGAGCUGAAGACACUCCACGCGGUCGAAGGCGAGAAUGCGGGCUCUCAAGCGAUCGAGAAAAUUAUGGUGAAGCACUUGAGAAAAGCCUGGAUCGAGCAACUGGCGAACCGGCAAGGGCCGGAGCGUCUCGUCGAGUUGAAUUGGGCUCUCGUGAAUAAGUUGGGGAGUGCUCUGCACGCCAUCUCGCGCGAAUGCGGCGUCUUCCUCGUCCACAAAACGUGGGUGAGAAGAACGCUCGUGCACAACAGCACGGUGUACGAGUAUCUCCUCCUCCAGCUCUUCGACAUGAUCAAGAAGUCCCCGCUGUUCAAGAAGGACGACUCCGCUGUCAUUCAGAAAGUGCAGGAGUCCUUCGAGGCCUGGCAGCGAGUGGCGGAUGACUCCAAAGGCCCCAGCAACCCUCUGGCCUGUCUCGCAGUGCCUUUUGCUCCCAUGCUUUUCGGCGGAGACCGGACGCAGCACUUGAAAGAAGCAGAACUGGCGAAGUCUCCGCUUCUCCGCGUAGGCGCAAUCCUCAUCGACAUGGCCGCCAUCUUCCACCUGCGACGGAAUGGGCUCCGGGAAUACGUCGAGCUCGGCCUCGGCGCCGAGAGCGACUUACAGCCCGACCAGGAACAGCACUUCCCGCAGUUUCUGCGAGGUCUGCUAAAGCAGGCAGUGCUACGAAGGUUCGGUGCUGGACCACGCUUUACGCUCAGCGCCGCGUAUCUGAAGGCCUUCGUCGCGCAUUUGAAAACGCGAUUCAACGUGAACUUGUACGAGCGACGCGCUCGACGGUUUCGGGAGCUCCAGUUUCAGACCGCUGUCUGUCGAGCGGCCGUCGAGCAGGCAGGUGUCUGCACAGCGGGGAGCUCUCUGCCGGCCAGUGGAGGCGGGGCUUCGUUGCCUGGAAAAGAGAGCCGGAGUGAGGGUUUUUCCGUCAAGUGA